AUGGCUCCUCCAAUUUCUCCGCAUUUCCUUCUUCUAUUACUCAUUGUCCUUUGCUCUAGUACUGUUCUAGUUCAAUCCGUUGUUCCUAAAGAUAAAACUUUCAAUUUCAUAAACCAAGGUAAGUUUGAUGAUGGUACUGCUGAAGAUAAUUGGUACGCUAAUGGUUACCGCUAUGUAGGCCUAUCUUCAUACCCCUUCAGACUAUAUUUCUAUACCAUUGGUUUACGGCGUGCUAACAAACUUGUUCUUGGCAUAAGCGGCGGCGAUCCCUCCGGACAGUUUAUGGCGUGGGUUUGGAUGGCUAACCGAAACGACCCUGUUGGUGAAAAUUCUACUCUCACUUUUGGAAGUGAUGGUAAUUUAGUCCUCGCUAAUUUCGAUGGUCGUAUAGUUUGGCAAACUAAUACAGCCGACAAAGGUGUUACCGGCAUUUCCAUGCAGCCUAGCGGGAAUUUAGUACUUCAUGAUCGUAAGGGGAGAUUUGUCUGGCAGAGUUUUGAUUAUCCAAGUGAUGGCAUUUUAGCUGGUCAAUCACUCAAGCACAGCCGUACCAAGAGACUCGUUAGUCGUGCAAACUUUUGGGAGAGCCGGGACGGAGAGGAGAGUAUUGUGAUUGGAAAAAAGGGGUUCAUAAUGUAUCUUAAUAAAUCUGGCAAUCCUCUUUACGGAUAUGCAGGUUGGGAAGCUGACGGUCUUCAUAGUGUAACAUUUGAUUCGGUUCAACAAGAUGAACCUGCUAUUGUUACUUAUUUUGUAACCUUGGGUUUUGCAAACAUAAAACAAGCUGCAAACACUACCUCUCCACCUUCCCAACCACCACCAGUUGUGGAUCAGGCUACAAGAUAUAAAAGAAGGCUACCAGGUCCUCCUCCUGCACCGGAGACUCCGACUCCAGAGUUCAAGGUGGCUCUUCCUCAGAUCCGACCACUACAGCGGAGGAUCAUACUUGCCAGAGUUUAUUUUGGAGACACUAGAUUUAUGGGAGUGAAAGCAGAUCUUAAAUAUUCCUUUCUUAGGCUAGAUCCGGAUGGAAACCUAAGGAUUUACACCUUGUUUGCCUAUCCAAACAAUCAUACGUGGUGGACCGAAACAUAUGCAUUUUUCUUAGAUACUGUGGAAGAGUGUUUAUUUCCAUCAAAAUGUUGCUCAUUCGGAUUAUCAAAAUGCAGUGCAUUAUCUCUUCGGUGGUGCUCGAAUUGUAACGGUUGCCCUCCUGCUAUGCAAUCAGGUUGUAUGAUCAAGACAUGA